AUGUGGUGCGUGCAACAACUGAACGUGACAAUUGGGGUGUUAAUCCGUACUGAGACAAAUGGAGACGAUCCAGUUACGCCGAUGUCGACAGCCAUGCGAGCUGAAGUUUCCAACGACUCGACUACAUGCCCAAAUUCCAAAUUAUUUGGUCUCAGAUUUUUGCCUCACCUCUUGAGCCCAAUAUAUGUUGAUUCUUUUGAGAUCGCCAUGCUCAGCGUCGACGCCAACAUUAUCAUGAACAUCGCUAAAACACUGGGUUAUACACCCUCAUACCAGGACCAUUCUAAACCCUAUGGUGUACUAUACCAAACGUGCGUUGCUAUAAGGGUCGAACAUAAACCGUAA